CGGAGCGAGUGUCGGAGGGCUGCGAAGCGACGGCUGGAGCGCGUUCGUGUCGUGUUGCCUUUGUAGCCCCUUUUCUUGUGUGGAUUUCUUUUCCGCUACCCUCAUAACUUUACCUCUUAUACAGGAGCAUCUCAAAAUACGCGCUUUUACAUUUUCCGUAGACGCGUUUGUUUGCGUGGAUGGUCGGACGACUUCGGAUCGGAGAGGAAGACAGACCCUGGGACGGAACUAUGAAUGGCACUGGAAUAAUUCUCCGUCGACCGUAAAAGAUCGAUUUUUUUUUUUCUCAUCUGGAAAUAGGGCGGCUACCAGGACAUUUGUGUUGUGGAUUAUAAAAAAAGAAAAGUGCUAUGCGCAAGGACGUAAAACAAAGUCAUUGAGUUUUGGACAAAUGUGUCGUGUUUGAUCCUGCGCACUUCGUGCCGGACCUAUCCCGGUUGAGCCUCGCGUCAAAUGAAAAUUACUCCUGGUGGAUCUACAGUUCACAGUUUACGAAGCCCGACGUCCCAACGGCCCGCUAAAGAACACCGUAACUUCGCUUUAACAAAGGUUACUGGGAUUAAGAACCUGUCGGCAACUUCGUUAAAACCAUCGGAUCCCCUCCGUCAGGCAAAGAGACUUCCUGUUAAAAUUCUCAAGAUGUUAACCGCACAUUCCGGCCACUUGCUUCACCCGGAGUAUCUUCAGCCCCUGACAUCAGCCCCUGUGAGCAUCGAGCUGGAUGCUAAGAAGAGCCCCCUGGCCCUGUUGGCUCAGACCUGUUCUCAGAUAGGUAAGACAGAUCCCCCUUCCUCUUCCAAGCUGGCCUCGAUCACUUCCAGCGGGCUCAGCGACAAAGACUCCUCAGCUCGUACCUCCUCCGCAGCCCUGAAACUCGGGGAGCAGCGGCCCUCCCACGAUGACAAGUCCAGCUUUAAGCCCUAUUCGAAAAUCGGCCCAGACAGCCAGCGGGAUGGUAGCAACACCAACAGCAGCACUAACAAGCCUGGCUUUUGUCUUCCCAUGGGCGGAGGUAAUGCCAGCAAUAGCACGCAGGGUUGUCAGUCCCACCCUCCUCAUACCCUGUCUCCAAGCUCCAGAGGGAGCUCACCACCGCAGACACACAGGCAGGCUCUGUCCCCUGGCCCGGCACGCCAGACUGGCCAUUCGCAGGCCGGGAGCGGGGAACCCAAACCCACGGAUACUGCGAGCUUGGACAGCAGCAGCAAUCUGAAGAAGGAGGCUGAGCUGAGCAAGGUUGGCCUGGACAGUCCGCAGCUAGCCAACUCGAGCCAUGCUAGGGCGAGCGCCAACUCCAGCAGUGGCAGCUCGGACUGUAGCCCCAGUAACGAGGGCAAGGUGGACUCGCACACGGCCCAGCCCGGAGGACUCGUGCCCGUUUCCAUUUCCCCCUUCAAAUCCAGUCACCCCAUGUUCCCGCUCCCGUCUUCUGGUAUGGGCUAUCAUGGGUCGAUAGUGGGCACUUACGCAGGGUACCCUGGUCAGUUCGUUCCUGGCUUGGACCCUACCAAGUCCAGUCUCGGGGGUGCCGGCGUAGGAAAGCACCCCAGCUCCAGCCCUCUGACGGGGGCAUCUCCCCCGUCGUUCAUGCAAGGCUUGUGCAGGGAUCCGUACUGUUUAAGCUACCCAAAUGCACCGCAUCUAGGCGGCAGCAGCUGCAGCUCAUGCGUCCAUGACCCCUCCUCUUCGCUGAAGUCUGGCUUCCCGUUGGUGUACCCUGCCCACCCGCUCCACUCAAUCCACCAGAGCUCCCUGUCCUCCAGUGUCACGCCCUCAUUGUCACACCCCCUCUACACAUAUGGCUUCAUGGUGCCCAACGAGCCCCUGCCACACGCCUGUAACUGGGUCUCGGCCACCGGGCCCUGCGACAAGCGCUUCGGCACCUCGGAGGAGCUCUUGGCCCACCUGCGCACGCACACCUCCCUGCCGGGUGUGGACGGCAAGCUCUUGUCAGCGUACCCCCCCUCCUCGUCCUCUGCUGCGGCCGCGGCCGCCGCGGCCUCGUGCCACCUCCACCUGCCCGGCCAGAGCAGCCCGGCCCCCUUCUCCCUCAGAGCGCCCCCUAGCCUGGGGCUGGCGCGCUACCACCCCUACAGCAAAAUGCACCUCCCUGCAACCCCCUCCCUGCCCAUGCACUCCUUACCGGCCUCGGCACCCUACUACUCCCAUUACGCCCUCUACAGCCAGAGACUGGGAUCCGCCUCGGCUCUCGGCUACCAGUGAGGCCCCGUCCCGGGCCUUCCGCGAUGCAGCGUCCUUCAGCAGCCAGAGCAGGCAGGACGCUCGCGUAACUGCUGCGGCCGACGCUGGCCGCUGGACACUGUGCGUGGGCCCCAGCCGCCCCGCGCUGGGAGAGAAGGCGGGAAACGGACGAUGAGGGAAACGAGACUCCCUUAUAGCCAAGGCCACGGGUAUGCAGGAUGCAUGCAAGCUUGAAACAGUUUAUGAGACUGAUGCGCCAGCACAGGUUUAAAACACAGUUGUAUUUAUUUUUAAACAAGCGCUUUGGUUUUCCACUUUAUAAUCCGAAAACGCAACACGCUUAAUCGUUUUCUUUUACAAAGCCGGAGUACAUCCGCUCAUUCCAUCAUUAUUUUCUCUUCGUCAUCCUGCCUGAGAUUUGCACACAUGGUGCGAAGCUUCGCCUUUCUUUUUGUUUCAUGAAGCAAAUGUUCUUUUCUCUGUUUCUCUCGUCUGUGCAGUAUGGUUGUGCAUGUCAAAGUCGUUUCUUAAUGCUUUUUUUUUUUUUUUUUUUUUUUUUUUUUUUUUUAACAGCUUACAAGUAAAUGGUAUAAAGAGCUGUAAUAUUUUUUUGUAAUGUGUCGAGAUUGCUAAGGUGGUAAAGGUGCUGUUUCAAUGAAAAAAGGCAAGAAAAAAAACAGAGAUGGCAGUGCUGUCCAACUUUGGAGUUAUAAUUUUGUUAAAUAAAUGAAAUGGUUAUAUUUAAACUA